AUGGGACCUACCCGUUCGACCUCUACACAGCCAUCAUACAACCUCCUCACGGGCGAUACAGGCGCGCCAGCAGGCAGUGUGCAGCGACAGACACGGCCACAGAACAGACGAAACGGCAGCCAGGCCACGUCGACGCGACUCGCGCGGCCAUCAGCCCGACUGGGCACAGCAGCAGCAACAGGAUCAACAGCAGGAUCAGCAGCAGGGUCAGCAGCAGGGGACGAGUCUCGGCAGACAUCAUCGUACGUAGCAGCGACGCGCGAGAGCAGCAAGGAGAACAUGGCGCCACCCGAUGCAGGAGCGUACGAGGCGCAGCGGCGGCGGAUCGAAGAGCUAAAGGCGGAAGUGGGCACGCUGCGAUACCAAGUCAGCACGUAUGAGCAGGAGCGAGAGAUGGGUCGGCUGCAGCACGAGGCGGAGCUGCGGGAGGCACGGCGCAAGGCCGAGGCGGACUUUAAGCAGCGACAGGCGGCCGAGGGCGAGCGGGCAGCAGCGACGCGGCAGACAGAAACGCUGCAGAACGAGCUGGCAACCCUGCGCGGCGAAGAAGAGGGCCGACGGGCAGAGCUGGAGCGACGACAGCGCGAGACGCUAGACGAGGCACAGGUGCUGCGCGAGCAGCUGGAAGAACUACACAGCACGACGACAGCAGCGGCACGGAUGCACGAGCGGCGGACAGCCGAGCUGGAAGGCCAGGUAGCAGCAGCACAGCGAACGGCAUCAGCGCUAGAGAGCGCGGCAGAGGAGCGAGAACAGACGCUGGCACAGAUGCAGGCAGCGCUGGCCGAGCGCGAGGACCUCGUCGGCCGGCUCGAGACGGACGUGCUGCGGCUCAAGGCACAGACGGGCGACGCGGCCACGAUGGAGAUUAUCCGGCGCGAGCUUAAGGACCAGGUCAGCCACAUCCGGGCUCUCGAGGCGACGAACCGCGAGCAGCUGGCCGAGCUGCGCCACCUGCGACAGACACGACGGGCCGUCGAGGUGGUUGAGGAAGAAAAACGGACGCUGCAGCGGCGAUUUGAUGGUAUGGCCGCGCUCGAGCAGGAGUUGGCCGAGGAGCGAAUCCAGCGAGAGCGGCUCGAAGCCGAGCACCGGGCCUGGGCCGCCUUCCUCGACCAGGACGGCUGCGACUUUGACUCGCCCGAGGCCCUGGCCAAGGCCCUGAUGGAGGAGCGCUUCCGCACCGCCGCCCUGACUGAGAAGAUUGGCGCUGUCGAGCCCGAGGUCGCCCAGCGGGACGCCGACCUGCAGGUGCUACGGGCCGAGAAGGACGGGCUCGCAGCCGAGCUAGAGCGCGUCAAACAGGCAAUGGUAGCAGCGAGUGGGGCGACAACAGCCGCAGCGGCAGCCACACCGACAACCACAGCAGCUGCAGCCGCAGCCGACAAGGCCAGGGCACGACUGGAGCGCCAGCGCGUGCUGGCCGUCAAGGAGGUCGAGUACCUGCGAACACAGCUGCGGGCGUUUGAUGCCGAGGACGUGACCUUCCACCCGGAGCAGUUUGACCGGCAAAAGGCCGAGCGGAUCGAGCAGCUCGAGCAGCUCGUCGACCAGUACCGGGUUGAGGCCGACGGCCUGCACAAAGCGCUCGAGGCAGCCGAGCAGGGCAGCCGUGAGGCAGGCAGCAGCGUUGACGUCGGUGGUGUCAAGCGGGCGCGACCAGUCGACGAUGCAGACGAGAACAACAGCAACAGCGCCAACAACACCAACGAACAGCUCGGCCAGCUGGCACGACGGGCGCGCAAGCUGCAGGACGAGCUGGCGGCGGCGCGAACGGCCCAGCGGACGGCCGAGGCAGAGCUAGACGUGACGCGUGAGCAGCUGGCCGGGGUGCGAAAGACGGCUGGCGUGCGUGUGCUGGCUCUGCGGGCAAACCCGACCGCUGAGCACGAGGCCGUCAAGCAGGCGACGUUGGAGGCGUUGCGACAAGAGAAUGCGGACUUAUUGAGUCACGUGACCGGACAAAAAGCUAAGACGCCCUUCUCGACUGUACCGCUCUCGGUGUUGGCGGCCGGCCAGCGCGAGAUUGCGGCAGCCCAGACGGACGCGGCAUCGGCGCACAAGACGGCGCGGCGGCUCAAGGAGGUCUGGGCGGCCAAGAGCGCCGAGUUCAAGGAGGCGGUCGAGAGCACCUUGGGGUGGCACGUGACCUUUAUACCGAACGGCAAGAUGCGGGUUGAGUCGGCCUUCUGCCCGAGCACGACGGACGAGCACGAGAACAGCAUCGUGUUUGACGGCGAGCGCGGCACGAUGAAGGUCGGCGGCGGCCCGCGCAGCCCGUUUGCCCGCCGCAUCGACGACCAGAUCCGCUUCUGGGUGCGCGAAAAGGGCUGCAUUCCCGGCUUCCUGGCCGCCCUGACGCUCGAGUUCUGCGAGGAACAGGCGCGCCAAGGCAACGGAAGCACGUGA